CUCUUAGAUAUCUGGUUGUGAAAGGAGGUGAGCUGACUGUUCCGCUGGCUCGUCUUCCACCGCAGCCUGGCUCUGUACUUCUCCCUCAUCAGACCUCAAAUUCACACUCAAAAGGACUCGGAUUAUGGGAAAUCUUAGUUGCUACAGAGGAAGAAAAGAACAAUCUAAAGAAGGCGCAGAAACAGAACAGGAGUCACCUAAGGAGGACGUUCUCUAUGCCACCAUUGACCAUGGGGAAAAGCAGGCACCAGUGCCAUUAAGAGAUUCUGGCAGUGACUGUGAUUACGCCGUAGUACGAGUCCCCAGUGAUGUGCCAAACAAAUCAGAGAACAACGAUGACGGGACUGAUGACUAUGUGCUCAUGAGCUGAGCUUAAAGACUCUGAAACUUUAACUUGUGUAAAUAUUAGGUUUUUUUAAGGACUGCUACUUACAUGUAAACAUGUACAAAAACACAAGUUUUUGUUUCAUGUUUUUAUACAUUGUCAUGAUGUGGGGUCAUGCAUAUGUCCACUAUGUAUUAUAUACUGUAUAUUUAAGUACCUAUAUAUAAUAAGAAUGUUCUAAUCCUAAAUUUAACCUCAGUAAAAGAAAAAAGAUUGUAAAGAAAUUGGUUAAUAAUAAAUAAAGCAUGUAACUGUACAGAAACUAAUUACACAAACAAGUACACCUGCCAUUGACUCUAUUGUGGAUCUAAUGUACCUUCAGAUCAGGUGAACUUAAUAUCACCACUUCACAUUGCUGACAGAGAGGUAAUUCAAUGAAUGUUUGUAAUUUUUUUUUAUUUAAUAUGUCAUCUUAACCCCUUAAUGAAUAUGUUAAUUUCAUUUUUUGUGUCCAAAAUUAAUUAAUUAAAUUAAUUAAUAAUUAAUUAAUAAUUGGGAUGCUUUC